AUGCGCAAGGAUGACACAAUACAAAGAAGAUUAGCAUGGCCCCUGCGCAAGCGUAUACGAGCUGAAACUUCACAGUUUUCCAUUAUUUUUCCUGGAAGUUUUUGCAAAUUCGCAGUUGAACUUGAUUACUCCUACUAUAUUAUUGAGUUGGCUGUGCACCUCAGUCUUUUCGUAAUAAAUGAGAAUGUAGGGGGUGCCCAAAUUAUGGAACUUAUGUUCUGCACUUUCAAUAAUUCUGCUGAUUUGUCCUCAUCUGUUUCUAUAAAGCGGCCUCAAAACAUAUUAGACGCAGUUGUCCCUCUGGCUUCCUUCCGAUUGUUCUUGAACAGUCCGGUUGGCCCUAAAACAACUCAUUUUUGGGGCCCCGUUGCUAACUGGGGAUUCGUUAUUGCCGGACAGGUGGACAUGAAGAAACCCCCUGAAAUGAUCUCUGGCAACAUGACUGGAGCAAUGUGCAUAUACUCUGCUCUGUUCAUGAGGUUUGCAUGGAUGGUACAACCGCGCAACUAUCUGCUUCUAGCAUGCCAUGUGUCCAAUGAGACGGUGCAGCUCUAUCAACUCUCUCGGUGGGCUAAGGGUAAUGGGUACUUGGGGCAAAAAAAGGAAGAACCGGUACCUCAAUAACCCGGUGCUGCUCUUCUUUUCCGUUAUCGGGCUUGGCAACUCUUAUGGUACUUGGUCCCUGCUGAAACAACUUAUCUAAUGUGAAAUUUAAGAUUAUUUGCGAGGUUAGGAUACCAAGCAAAUCACUAUGUGUAAACCAUGACUGCUGCCAAAUUCUUGUUAAUAUUGCAAUGGUACUGUCAAAUACUACCUAGUGUACUCUUUCAGUAAAUUUAUUCGCUAAUAACGCUACUUUUUUAUUUUUAUUUUGACAUUUUCCCCAUGAGAGGAGCAUUCUUA